GUUUCCAUCUAUAAAAAGCCAGUUGGCUGGGGACACUACACCAGACCCGAGUGACCACGCAGCCUGCUCUUCUCUGCGCACCAGGUGGCUCUCCUUCCUCCGAACGCUUGCCAAUUGCUCAAGGUCCAGCCUCUUGUGAACCAUGAGUUCCUACCAGCAGAAGCAGCCCUGCACCACACCCCCCCAGCUUCAGCAACAGCAGGUGAAACAGCCCUGCCAGCCUCCACCCCAGGAACAAUGUGUUCCCCAAACCAAGGAGCCAUGCCACCCUAAGGCUCCUGAGCCAUGCCACCCUAAGGCUCCUGAGCCAUGCCACCCUAAGGCUCCUGAGCCAUGCCACACCAAGGUUCCUGAGCCAUGCCACCCCAAAGUUCCUGAGCCAUGCCAAACCAAGGAUCCUGAGCCAUGCCACCCCAAGGUUCCUGAGCCAUGCCACCCUAAGGCUCCUGAGCCAUGCCAAACCAAGGAUCCUGAGCCCUGCCAACCCAAGGUUCUUGAGCCCUGCCACACCAAGAUUCCUGAGCCAUGCCAAACCAAGGUUCCUGAGCCAUGCCACCCCAAGGUUCCUGAGCCAUGCCACACCAAGGUUCCUGAGCCAUGCCAAACCAAGGAUCCUGAGCCAUGCCACACCAAGGCUCCUGAGCCAUGCCAAAUCAAGGAUCCUGAGCCCUGCCACACCAAGCUGCCAGAGCCAUGCCAAACCAAGGUUCCUGAACCAUGCCACCCCAAGGUUCCUGAACCAUGCCACCCCAAGGUUCCUGAGCCAUGCCACACCAAGGUUCCUGAACCAUGCCACCCCAAGGUUCCUGAGCCAUGUCCCUCAACGGUCAUCCCGGGACCAAUUCAGCAGACCAAGCAGAAGUAAUGUGGUCCUUGAUGCUGAAUCCCCUCGCCCAUUCUGCUUGAGUGCCAUUUUCCUUGUAAUCAGCAUGCUGUUACCCUGAGUUACAAUCCUCCCUCAGUUGCCCCCUAAAAAUAUGUGCUAUGAAGCCUUCCUUCCCAAACACUCCGGGCCUCUGAGCUUCUGAAUGAGGCUGAGAGUCUAGAUACCUUAGAACCCUAGUUUCAGCUCAGGAUUCAUCUGAAGAGGGACUUAAGGUGCAAAUAUGUGGAUCAGUUCUGUUCUGCCCCCAUUAAAUGCACUUUCCAUUUCA